GAAAUAUUUGUCAAUCCAUUAUGCGGCAAAUAGCUGUACUUUUUUCUAUCAUCUGCACAAAAUAGAUCUACAAUACAUUUUAAGCGGCCCAGUAACCAAAUCGAUGAAAUUAAUUAAAUUAAUGCAGACCAAAUUCUAGCAUUUUCUUCCCUGUUUGAACGAAACUGUAGAAAUAAUUUCAUCCACCAAUUAAAUUUGGAAGCUUCAGAUAAAUCUAUUGGGUCAUCGAAGGAAAUGAUUUUAUCUGUCCUCAAUAGUUUCCAUUUCUAGAUUUCUAUAUACAUUUGUUUCUGCUCUUCUUUCUAGGGUUUUCUUCUCUUUCUUCAAUUCACAAGGUUUUGGGACUUUGACAUUAUCUUGGGGAUUACGCUUUUGGUUGUGCCAUGGAGACACGUUUUGAUUUUGUGCAAUGGCUGGACACUGAUGUGUCUCUGGAUAUUAUGAUGCGUUUGAUCGAUCCAGCUGAUGUAGUCCGUGCUGGCUCUGUUUCACGCCGUUGGCGCCAAUUUGUGAUAUCCAAUGGACUCUCUAAGCAACUCUGUGUGGGAAAGUUUCAGCAGCUUUCUAGGAUUGCCUGGAUAACAGAACUAGAUUUGAGUGCAUCAGAAGCAAAAGACGCCGGGUCUAGCAAUUCCAACUGGGAGACUCUAAAAAGAGACCAUGAAGUUUAUUCUUCUCUACUUCAAGCUAUUGAAUCAUCAAAGUCAUGUCGAAACGAUUGCAUAGGCUAUGCAGUCAGUGCUUCCAGCACAGACAAUUAUCCAGAUGAAAGUAUUGUCAAUACCUUAAUCCCGAUGGACAAAUAUCUAAAUAGACCUUCCUACUGGUCAAGUACAGGACACAGUGAUCCGAAUGCCCCCGAGACACUGAUUUACAAAUUGAAAGCUGAUUUAUGUGUGAUCACGGAAGUUUUUAUGCAACCUUUCGAAGCUUAUUUCCAGCCGGGCAAGCCCAUAUAUUCUGCAAAAUCUGUUCGAUUUCGAUUAGGGCACCCCAAAUCUUCAAAGGAUGAGAGUGAUCUCCUGAAAAUGCCCCAGCAACAGCCUGCUGAUGACAAGUUCAUAUGGACAUAUACUUCUGAAGAAUUCCCUAUGACGCAGGAAAAAUGCUUUCAGCGGUUCAACCUGCCAGAACCUGUGCUUUGCGUUGGUGGAUAUAUGCAGAUUCAACUUUUGGGCAGAGUUCAGAGACAAGAAAUGGACGACUUGUUUUACAUAUGUAUAAGUCAUGUGAGAGUUGUAGGGCGACCUCUGGGCCCUGCAUUCGACGUAGAGGUGCUAGAACCGUCUCAAGAAUUUGUGUUGAAGUACAAUCGAGAUGUUUUUGGAUGCAUGUUGCAAAGCUUGACUAAUGGAAGUCAUCAAGACUCAAAUGUUCCUCCAACACUAUCAGAUGACCUUGUGGUUGAUGCUGGCAUUGUUGAGUUCUUUUUACAGAACCACCAUCCAGGUUUCGAACUCAUGGGAUGGGGGGAUGACGAAGAGGAUGAUGAUGAAAUGGAUGAAGUGGGAGUUUUGUAAAUUUAACACCGCAAUUGAUGCAUGUUCGCUCGUCUUUGACAGUCCUUAAUUAAGUAGUUUUCCAGCUGUACUUAAAAAAGUUAUAGAGCUGCUUAAACCCUCAUGGAUGAAAUUGUAUUUUUGUUGUAUGAUUUGUUGAGAUGCUUCUACUUUGCUUUUUCAAUAACAAAUCAGUAAAGAGAUCCAUUCUCCUU